GUCAGCUUUGAUUCAAGUUCCAGCCUGAGCCGCAGCUUGUGCCUGUGAAGCCAUGGCAUCGAGUGAGGAGGAAGGGUCCGUGGAAGAGAAGGAAAACAGCAGGAAAAAGACAAUCGGCCCCUUUGCGACAGCAUGGCUCACCUUUUACAACAUUGCCAUGACAGCUGGGUGGCUCGUUCUUGCUAUUGCCAUGGCUCGAUUUUACAUGCAGAAAGGAACGCACAAGGGUUUGUACAGAAAUAUUCAGAAGACACUUAAAUUUUUCCAGACAUUUGCUUUACUUGAGUUGGUCCACUGCGCGCUUGGAAUAGUGCGCACAUCGGUGCUAGUAACAGGGGUCCAAGUCAGCUCAAGAAUUUUCAUGGUUUGGUUGAUAACCAACAGUAUAAGACAGAUCCAGAGUGAACAUAGUGUUGUUCUUUUUCUAGUCGUGUGGACGGUGACAGAGAUCACGCGAUAUUCCUACUACACAUUCAAUCUCCUCAAUCACUUACCGUACUUCAUAAAAUGGGCCAGGUAUAAUUUAUUUAUUGUCUUGUAUCCUAUUGGGGUUGCUGGUGAACUCUUAACCAUUUAUGCUGCUUUACCGUAUGUGCGGAAGUCUGGAAUGUAUUCUCUGAGACUGCCGAACAAGUACAAUGUUUCUUUCGACUACUACUACUUCCUUAUCAUUAUCAUGUGCUCUUAUAUACCACUAUUCCCCCAACUGUACUUUCACAUGCUGAGACAGAGAAGAAAAGUCCUCCAUGGAGAAGUAAUCAUAGAAAAGGAUGACUAACCCAAUCACAUCAGCCUUCUUGCUGCUGACGUCUCCUGGCAUCGGGUCCUGGAGAACCUUGUAUAAUGGACUAUGUCCCCAUCUGUCUUUUUUUUUUUUAAGAUACACAUUGAGAUCAGCAUUGUCACCUUUGUAUGUUCCAACCCCUGGUCUGUUCAUUUUUCAUUUGUUUUUUAAACAUCUACAUUGACUCAUUUUCCUUACGUUAAUGUUUGCAUUUUGCUGGUCAUCUUUUAUAGGUGAAAUUACAUUAUUCUAAAUGAAGUAUCAACAACUUAAAA